AUGCCACUAUUUAGGAACGAACACAGCAAGCCUUCAAAACUGAAGCAUAAAUUCAAACCGCGAAUUCCAAAUUUGAAGUCACUUUACAACAAAGCAUUCGGUCGUCAAACAUGUGUGCCUACACCUCGUCCCGCUUCAGAAUGCUAUCAAUCUACCGCUCGAUUAAUAGCAAGUUCCAACCCACCACCACCAUUACCUUCUGACAUUCUUUAUUAUAUAUUCUCAAUGAUGGUAGAAAAGAAUCUAAAGACGCUCAAUACUUGUAUAUUGGUAAAUAAAUCAUGGUGCGAACAUGCUUUACCUAUAUUCUGGAGAGAGCCGUUUAGAGGAGGAGAACCGAUCUGCGUAUCUGUAGUUGACAAUUACAUUGGAUGUUUGUCUGACGAAGAAAGGGAAGUGUUAGAAGAAUGUGGAAUACGGUUGAGGACCUACAAGGGACGUUCAUCAUGUAUUAAUUAUGCGCAAUAUUUGAGAUACUUGAGUAUGGCUGACUUGUAUACUGUCGUGCGAGCUUGGACAGAUCGAACGCAAAUUAGAAGAUCUCGUAGACACAGCCGCAAUACGUAUUCCACGUACACACUUGCUCUUAAUCUCGGCCAAAUGUUAUGCAAACUCUUUCUAAGCGAUCGAGCAAACAUUUUAUCGCUCUCCCUUGAUUGGGGCCGUGGAUAUCCAUCUUGGCUAUAUGCUGGCGGAUUAACGCCCAACCUCACGCAUCUCCGUAGACUUUCCAUACACCACAUUAAUGAGUGGUCAAUAUUCUCGCACUUGGCCAAUUAUGCAGUAAAUAUCCAAGAUCUUGAAAUUCUUGAUUAUUCAUUAUCAUCUCCUGCACUACAUAGUGAAGAAGUUAGCCUCGCCAAGUUCAUUGAAUGCCAAAAUAGAUUGACUAAAUUCAAAUUGUUUGGAUAUGGGACACAUCCGACAAUGAUUCCGUGGUCAUUGAGGAGUCAGGCAAAGACGUUGAAGUCGGUGGAGAUUAUUCAUAUAAAUUUUCUUUCCGAUGAAAAGAAAGGGCCGUCGUUGGAAGGGUUGGUUGAUUGUGUGUGUUUGGAAGAGUUGUGCAUACGGUUCUGCACGGAUGCCAAGAGAGAUCACUUGUUACCCUUGCACGGUGCAACAUUUCCUUAUUUGAAGAAACUGCACUUUGUUGAGUGCACUACUGUUGCAUGGGAAGAGUUGAUGAUAUCAUUAAUUAUAACAAAUGCGAGUACUUUAGAAGAA